AUGAGUAAAGUCUGGGCUGAUAAGACAGUCAAGUCGUCACACGACGCGUACUUGCGCGGCUUAACAACAGGGGUCAAGCAGCCGUUCGGAAAAGGACAGCGGCUGAUCGCGACUAAUGUUGUUAGUGAGGACAGAUUUGUUGAUGGUUGCCUGAAUGUGUUUCAAGGGAAGAAAACAGGUGACUACCACAAGGAAAUGGACGGCAACCGUUUCGAGACGUGGUUCAUCUCGGUCGUCCUUGGGCUGCCACCGCGACGCGUCAUUGUCAUGGACAAUGCGUCUUACCACUCCAGGCGCGUGGAGAAAAUCCCGUCGCUGUCAUGGCGGAGGGCAGAGAUCCAAGACUGGGUGGGCUCGAAGGCGAUUGCGUGCCAUGCCGCCAUGACCAAGAAGCAGCUGCUUGACACUGUGGCCACCGUAAAGACUACAUUUAUCAAUUACCGGGUUGAUGCGGCUGCUGAAUGUGCUGGAUUUAAUGUCCUUAGGCAUUCCCCAUAUCGCUGUUAUUGUAACUCCAUAGAACUCAUUUGGGCACAGAUUAAGAAUGGAGUGGCAGCGAUGAACACCAGAUUCAAGACCAAAGAUGUGCACAACCUUUUCCUUGCUGAACUGGAGAUUGUCACACGAGAGAACUGGGCCAAGGCUGUGCAGCAUGUGAAUGGCGUUGAAACACACUUCUGGGAGUUGCGUGGGUUUAGUGACAUGAUGGAGCCAAUCAUCAUCACCCUGGGAAGCGGUAACAACACGAAUGAAUCGGAGCUCUCUGACACUGAGCCAUUUCAGUGA